CUCACUCUUUCAGGACAAGGAUUUGCAUUUUGGAGAAAGCAAAAGAUCCAACAGGAAUACAAGAAAUUACUAAAAAAGGAAAGAAAGGCACAUACUGAACGGGAAGUUAAAUACACAGAUACUUACCCAGACCACUUGAAGCAUCUCUAUUUGGCUGAAGAGGAACUACUUGAGAAACAGUCAAAAAAUAAAAGAGCUCUACUUUUGUUGGGACAAAAAUACAAAACAACAGUAAAGUCAGAUAGGACUCAAAGGGAGUUUAAAAAGAAAACUUCAAAUCAAAAAGCAAAAGAAGAAUAUGAGAAAGUAAAGGCUGAACGCGCCAAGAAGAAAGAGGCAGCAGAGAAAAGGAAACAAGAAAGAGAAGAAGCUCAAAGGCUCUACAAGCAAAAGAAAAUGGAAGCAUUUAAAAUAUUAAGUAAAAGGACCAAAAAAGGACAGCCAAAUCUAAAUUUACAAAUAGAAUUUCUCCUUCAGAAAAUACAACAAAAAACAUAGACCAGCUUAUCUUCUUUUUUCAAUUAAUUAAAUCAGUCUGCUAAAAAUAUGUUGUGACUGGUUCUUUUUAUUGUAAAUUAUAUAUUUUUUGAGUGUAUAUAGCAACAGUUUUUGUUUGUUGUGAUCACUGGUCCAGCACUGUGCUGGAGAAAGUCAUUAGUUCUGUAAAUAUUUGUAUAGGUCUGAAAAUUGUGAACUUAAGCAUAUUAUGGGAUAUUGAACCUUCACAAUAUAUAUUUUAAUUCA